AUGACGAACACAAAGGGAAAGAGGAGAGGCACCCGAUAUAUGUGCUCCAGGCCUUUUAGAAGACAUGGAGUUGUUCCUUUGGCCACGUAUAUGCGAACUCAUGAGAAAGGUGACGUUGCAGACUUCAAGGGAAUGGCUUAUUGCAAUGACUGCGUCUUUGCUAAUGAAGAACUACAGCUGGACUCUUUUAAGGACUGGCCCUGGGAAUCAGCUGUCGAGUUUCAGCACUGGCCAAGGCAGGUCUUUUCUACACAGAGUGGAACGAAGAUGAGAAAUGCUGUUUCUAGUUUGAUCCUUUUGCAGCUAAAACCCAAUUUAUUUCUGAAGAAAUAUAAUCUCACCAAGAGACUUGAUUCUAUUUCUGGUGGAAUAAACCUGGCAAUAAUGUGGAAACCACGUGAAAGCAGUCUUGAAGAUUCAAUAGCAGUUGAUCCUACAGUGCCAGACCAAGUCUUUCCUAAUCUGGGUAAGUUCCUGUGCCUGAAAGCUGUGAUUCGGGAAGGCAAAAUAAAUAUUUUUUCAAUCAUUCCUGAAGAAUUUCCGAACUUCCACGGAGAAAUUAUGAUCCAAAUUUCAGCUGACUAUGAUCCUUCCAAACUAGUAAAAUUGAUUCAAAAUUCUCCAAACCUUCAUGUUUUCCAUCUGAAAUGUAACUUCUUUUUGGAAUUUGAGUCUCUCAUGACUUUACUUGCUUCCUGUAAGAAACUCACAGAAAUUUUUUCUGAUUUUUUUUUUAAAGCCGUCCCAUUUGUUGCCAUUUUGCCAAGUUUUAUUUCUCUGAAGAUAUUAAAUCUUGACCAGCAAUUUCCUGAGGAGGAAACAUCUGAAAAAGUUGCCUAUGCUUUAGGUUCUUUUAAUAAUCUACCUCCUGGGGACAAACUACAUCGGCUGGCCAAACUGAUCAUCCAACAGUGUCAGCAGCUUCACUGUCUCUGAAUCCUCUCAUUUUUCCAGACGUUGAACAAUGACAGCGUGGUGAAAACUGCCAAGGCAGCAAUCAAUGGAGGGUUCCAGAAAAUUGAGAACUUAAAAUCUUUCAAUCAAUCACCAGAUUAUGGAGGAAAGAUCAGAAAUUUCUUUCAAGCACUGAACAACAAGUCAAACUUGCAGAAGUUGAGUAUCUCCAGGCAUUUCACGGACUGUAUCAAAGUUCAGGCCUCAACAGUCAAGCCUUUGAGUCAAUGUGUGUUAAUGCUGCCGUGCCUCAUCAGACUGAACAUGUUAAGCUGGCUUCUAGAUGCAGAUGAUAUCACAUUGCUUAAUGUCAUGAAAGAAAGACAUCCUUAAUCUAAGUACUUAACUAUUCUCCAAAAAUGGAUACUGCCAUUCUCUCCAAUCAUUCAGAAAAAAAAAAAAAAACAGAUUCAGCCAAAAAUUGCUGAAUCAAUAAUUUGCCUUGUGGCACACUGA